AUGGAACAAGAGAAACCAAGUACAGCUGUACAAGCGGGCAAUGACCCACAAUUAGAGGAAGAAGAGGACAUGUCGUCAGAGGUGGCACAACAAGAACAUGGUACAAGCACCUCGUCAGAAAGCGAUUGGGACGACAUGUCAAGUGACGAAGAUACCAGCACUGAAGAAGAUGAAAGUGAUGACGAAACAGACUUCGAUGACCUGCUCGAGGAAGGCCUUGAGCUAUUAAAGAGGGAAAACCUUGACAAAGCCGAAUUGAUGAUAGCAAAGGCUCUCCGGUCUUUAGGAGGAAAAUCCGCCACCAGCCAACGCCUGACAAAGUGCUUCCUGGGUCUCGGUGAUGUCUACAAAAGUCGAGCCAAGAUAUCUCGGGAAGCACAGCAUUUCAUCAAAGCAUCGGCUCUCUACAACUCAGCUCUGAGUCGGUGUCAACUUCCUGAAGAACGAAAGGACAUCGCCACAAUGAUUCGCUCCUUGGAAAGUGAGUUUAUCGCCACAAUCGUUCCUGCAAGCAGUGAUAAAAACAGGGGAGACACUUUUACAGGUAGCAGAAAACAUCAAGAAAAGCUGGCCGAGAUUCGCGAAAAGUGCAAAGCUUCUCUGCACGAGAUAACCGCGGUGUCAGAUCAAGAGAAAGAGCUCACCACCGAAGAUGCGAGAAAGGAAGUGGAGAAACAAAGAGCAGAUGCAAUACGUAACCUUUGCCACCAAACUACAUCGAACAUGAAAGCCUUUGUUUGCGACAUGGUUGAUGAAUGCAUCGCUGUCAUCGGAGAUCCGCCUUCUAAAUACGCUAUCAUUGGACUUGGGUCCCUCGCACGAGAGGAAAUGACACCAUAUUCCGACCUCGAAUUCGCUAUUCUGAUAGAGGAAGGUCGGGAUGGCGAAGACACCAAACAGUACUUUCGCACGUUGACGAACCUCCUUCACUUAAAGGUGGUCAACCUUGGAGAAACCAUCCUCCCGUCACUCGCCAUCAAGACCCUGAACGACUACACUUCGGGGAAAGGAAACGACAACUGGUUCUUUGACGACGGACCUAACGGGUUUGCCUUUGACGGAGCCAUGCCCUGGGCAUGUAAGAUACCACUUGGUCGUCCCCCAACAGAAAACAAACCGUGGUCAGUAGAGCUGAUAGGCACACCCGCCGACCUGGCCCGGAAUCAGACAGAAGAAAUGGUUCUCAAAGAAGGUUACAACUUGGCAGACGUCCUUUCCAAAGUAACAUUCGUGACAGGAAAUCGGUUCCUUGUAGACGAUUACAACAGAAGAGUGAGGGCUAUCCUCUGUCAGCAAGUGGACCCAGUGGACCAGACAGAUGCCGAUGGAUGUUCGGGUGGUUCCAAACUAACCAUUGGCCAGAGGAAAGCAAGCAUAACCCUCUGCGAAGAUCUGACGCGAUUUUCCGCAGAUGUAUGCCUGACAGACCUGGGUAGAUUGUACCAGGUGAAGAAGGAGAUCUACAGGCUACCUACUCUUAUGGUCAAUGGAUUGGCAACUUUCCACGGCCUCUAUGAACAAACGCCCUGGGAUGCAGUCACGCAGCUUCACAGUGACGGAGUCUUGAAUGCAGAGGCAAUACACAAUCUUCAUUUCGUUCUCGCUUUCGCCAGUGAGGUGCGCCUUCGUUCUUACUUGGCUAACGAGAGAGGUAAGGGCGAUCUGAUCGUCGCGCGGCGUUACAAGGCUUCUGACCAGUCCGAUUUGGGCACCCACGUCGACCUUCAAGGGUUGUUUCCAGGAAUAGGAAACGAUCUCUUGCACCGCUACCUCUGCACAGUCAUCCCACUUGAAGCAAAAACAGAGGCCUUUCUUGACGCGCUCAUCGGCGCUGAUCAAGGAGUGACAGACAAGUUUGGAAAUUUGUUUGAUGACUCUCCCCUGACAAAAGGCCUUGUUCAUCUCCGCCUCCUACAGUACCCACACGCCAAGGAUUCCCUUCUGCUAGCUCUGAAAGAAGCCAGGUCUGGGGACGUUUCACCCCAGCAUCUUUCAGAAGUCUUGUCAACCCUAGCGUACGUGCACAAGGAACUCGGAGAAAAUAGCUGCGCUCUGGAACUGAGAAAAGAGCGACUUGAGCUGGUAAGACGCGACGUCGACCGAUUUGGGAAGUCGGCUCUCGUUGAAUGUCUCCUGGGCAUGGGAUAUUCCUACACUGAGAUGAAUAAGAGCGAGGAAGCCAUCAGGGCACUUGAGGAGGCUCUGAGCUACGUAAAGGCUAGGGACAUUCAGAGCAAAGCAGAUAUUCUAUGUGCUAUUGGCCAGGCUUACCAUGGCAAUGACGACUAUUCAAGAGCCUUGGAAUAUUUCACCGAAGUCAAAGUGAUUGCUGAGAGAUUACGCAGGAAAACUCCUGACGACAUGCUCCUUCCGGAUGUGCUCAUUAACAUCGCCGCUGUCUUCCGCUCCCAAGCCAGGCUGGAGGACGCCAUCAGGAGCUACGAAGAGGCCAUUUGUAUGUACAGACAAGUAUUCGGGAAUGGCGUGGCACAUCCAGACAUGUCCCUUGCCCUGACAAACCUCGGUCUUACGUACAGGGACCUUGGGAUGCACAAAAAGGCCGUUGCUCUCUACGAGGAAGCCUUGUACAUUGAGAAACUGAUGUUUGGAGAAGAUGCGAAGAACGAGUCCAUGGGCGCGAUUUUGAUCAAAAUUUCGGGUGAUUACUUUUACCUUGGACGGUACAGGAAGUGCUUGGCUAUCCUUGACGAAGCUCUACAAAUCUACCAGUCUUCUCCAGACGGAGAGAGAGCUUUGGGAAAUGUAUGGACAAACAUUGGUAACGCACACCGUCGGCUUGGGCAUUACGUUCGGGCUUUAAAGUUUUACCAGAAGGCAUAUAAGCAGGCCAUCCGCCUGUCUGAACCCGAUAAGCCGAACCUCCUCGUUGCCGCGGCACUGAAAAACCUGGGCAACGUGAGCAAUGAUUUGGGGCAACACGAGGACGCGUUGGCGUUUCAUCAACAAGCUCUCGACAUGACGACCCUAGUGCACGGUGAAGGCGUCAGUCAUCCCGAUGUGGCCGAUUCGUUGUACAACUUGUCCUACACCUACGACGAGAUGGAAGACGUGGGAAGCAGCUUGCAUUUCGGAGAGAGGGCGUUGUCCAUGUAUGACGAAAUCUUCGGGCCCGACAGACCCCACAAAUGCAAAGCAGAGAUAUUGUCGAUCUUAGGCACUACGUACCUAAGCCAAGGCGACACCCAGAAGGCAUUAGACUAUCUGCACAAGUCGUUGUCAUACCUCCAGCAGAUGUCCGACAGAGAAGAAGAACAUCUUCCUACAACAUCAGUGGUUCUCGGCAAUAUAGCGCAAGCCUACCAAUUCCAGGGAGACUUCAAGAUGGCAAAAGAAUACGUUGUGAAGUCACUCGAAAUAGAACGAGGCCUUUACGAGGACGAGUCCCAUCCAAUGAUAAUGGAAUCCAUCAACAAUCUUGGCUCCAUUUGCUAUCUGCUAGGAGAGACUGAAGAGGCGAUCUCGCUCCUUUCGAAGUCCCUGUCUGCCUUUAUCGAUCACGUUGGAGAGGGCGUACCACACAUGAAGGUUGUUACGGGUCACCUCAAUCUCGGCGCUGCAUACGAUCGGGUAGGACGUUACGAUGAGGCAGUUACACACCUACAGAGUGCCAUGGACAUGCAGACACAGCUCCAUGGCGACGAGCCCCAUCCCGACACGGCUGCGAUACUGAUGAAGCUGGCCUCCGUUCGCUCCAACCUAGGACAACAAGAAGAAGCAAUCGGACUGUACCAGCGGUCCCUCGAUAUGUUUUGGCUCAUAUACGGCGAUGCGGUACCGCACAGUGAUACAGGGUCCUGCCUGAUUAACAUGGGACAGGCACACAGACGGUUGGGUGAUUACAGCAGAGCAAUCUCAUGUCAUCUCGAAGGGCUAGAGGUGCUCAACGCUUUCUAUGGAUCCGAGAGUCUACACCCAGCCGUUGUCUUGGCCACGCACAGACUGGGAGAGAUCUACUUUGAGCAUGGAGACUUUAACGAGGCUUUCACAACCUUCAAACGACACUUGGACAUGCUGUCGCGUCUCCAUGGGGACGACGACCGAUCUCCGGCUCUGGCCGACUGCUUGUGCAACUUGGGAAGGACGUGCCAAGCACUUCAACGGAAGGAAGAGUCCGUCGACUUUCUUCAACGGGGACUCUGCGUGCUCGAAGAACUCAAAACAGCAAAUGAAGGACAAUUCACUGACCACGACAUUGAGUUGGAUAUAGCCACCGUCAGGUCUCUCCUUGAUCAAGCGAAUAGAUUGCCUCCUUAGAGCUAAAAGUCGUGUUUUUCUAAUGCUACAAGUCAAGAAGAUACAUAUAUGCUAUC